AUGAGUAAGAAGGAUAUAAAAUACGUGAUCACCACAGAACUAAAUAAAUGCAUUGUGAACAAUAAAGUGUGGAUUUUCACUGCCAUCCUAUGUUCAUCAAUACUUCGUCAUACACCAGUUAGCACAGUGAAAUCAAAUGUUUGUCAACCUCCUUGGUUUGAUAAUGAUCUCAAAAAGCUUUGUAGGAAAAAGAACAAAAUGCACAAGAAAAUUGAUCGACAUGACCCAUUGUCAGUGAAAGCAUACGAAGAUAUCAGAAAACAAUUUAAAUAUCGCAAUCGUUUGGCGUAUAAAAUGUAUACUGAAAAAAUUUCUGAUGAAUUGAAAGAAAAUCCAAAAGCAUUUUUCGAUUUUGUAAACUCCAAAAACAAAUAA